AUGGCCACGGUUGCGACUCUAGAACCACCGACUUCAGUGAACAGAACAAAGUAUACAGCCGAACAUGUCGAGCGAGUGGACAAAAUCCGUGAGGACAGUCUCCCAAGAGAUAUUGAGACUAUAGCUUUGGUAGUUGACAAGCCAAAGGCUGGUUUCAAGCUUUCUCCUGUGAUCCUUGAUGAAGUGAGGGAUGAUGAAAUCUUAAUCGAGAUGAAGUAUAGUGGAAUCUGUCACACUGAUCUUGUGCUUGAACAAGGCCUUUUGCCAAUGGUUGAGUUUCCAGCUAUCUUCGGCCACGAGGGCGCGGGGAUCAUUCGUGCCAUUGGGAAGGGCGUACAGAAUAAGAAUUUAGAAGUCGGGCGUCCUGCUCUUCUCUCAUUCAAUACAUGCGGAUCCUGCAAACCUUGCAAAGAAAGCCAUCCGGCGCUCUGCCACAACCACCCUGCAGUCAACCACAAUGCUGUUCGAACCAGCGACCGAAGCACACCGGCCAGGCGACCAGACGGUCAGUCAGUACGCAGCCAGUACUUUGGACAAUCCUCAUUUGCAAAAAUGUCUGUUGUGAAUGAGAAGUGUGCUGUGCCGUGCGACGAUCUUGAACACUUGCCAAUCUACGCGCCUAUGGGAUGCGGCUUCCAGACGGGUGCAGGAACCGUUCUCAAUGUACUCAAACCCACACAAGAAGACUCCAUCGUAAUAUUCGGUCUGGGUAGCGUUGGUUUAACGGCAUUGAUGGCUGCCAAAUUUUUGAACGUCGGACACAUUAUUGCUGUGGACAUCGUCGACGACAAACUCGCCCUGGCCAUAGAGCUUGGUGCUACGCACGCGGUCAACUCUCAGAAGGAAAGCGAGGUUGUUCGGAAUAUCAAAGAAAUCACAAACGGCGGUGCUACCUUCGCAAUUGACUGUACCGGAAACCUGAAGGUCAUUGAGGACAUGAUCGAAUCGAUUGGACCUCAGGGUACGGCGGCGAUUGUCGGUGUUCCUCGUGCGGGUGUGCAUAUCAAGAUCGACCCCUUGACAUUCUUGUUAGAGAACAAGAAAUUCAUUGGUGUCAUUGAAGGAGACUCAAAUCCCCAGGAUUUCAUUCCUCUUCUGAUUCAGAUGCACCACGGUGGAAACUUUGCUAUUGACAAGCUUUGCAAAACGUACUCAACUGCAAACCUUCAAGAUGCUAUUGAUGACAUGCAUGCGGGAAAGGUCAUCAAGCCGGUUAUCGCGUGGGACUGA